AAGAUGGAAGAUUUUCAGAAAAUUGAGAAAAUAGGAGAAGGCACUUAUGGUGUGGUCUAUAAAGGCAGAAAUAGACUUACGGGGCAAAUCGUUGCUAUGAAAAAAAUUCGUUUGGAGUCUGAUGAUGAAGGCAUACCAUCGACUGCUAUAAGAGAAAUUUCCCUUUUGAAAGAGCUGAAACAUCCUAAUAUUGUCUGCCUUGAGGACGUUUUAAUGGAAGAAAAUCGGUUAUACUUAAUUUUUGAAUUUUUAUCCAUGGACUUAAAAAAAUAUAUGGAUUCACUGCCUCCUGAAAAACCAUUAGACAGCGAUCUUGUACGAAGCUACCUCUAUCAAAUAACGAGCGCGAUUCUUUUUUGUCAUCGAAGGCGGGUGUUGCAUCGCGACUUAAAACCUCAAAAUUUGUUAAUAGAUAAAAACGGAAUAAUAAAAGUAGCUGAUUUUGGUCUUGGCCGCUCGUUUGGUAUUCCAGUUCGCAUAUAUACUCAUGAAAUUGUAACACUUUGGUAUCGUGCACCAGAAGUUCUCUUAGGGUCUCCCCGGUAUUCCUGCCCGGUAGACAUUUGGUCCAUUGGAUGCAUAUUUGCCGAAAUGGCUACUAGAAAGCCAUUAUUCCAAGGAGACUCUGAAAUUGAUCAAUUAUUUAGAAUGUUCAGAAUAUUGAAGACGCCAACAGAAGAAAUAUGGCCCGGAGUGACAUCACUUCCUGACUAUAAAAAUACAUUCCCCUGUUGGUCAACUAAUCAAUUGCCAAAUCAACUGAAAAAUUUGAACAGCGAUGGUAUCGAUCUUAUACAAAAAAUGCUUAUAUAUGACCCAGUUCAUCGUAUAUCUGCAAAGGAUAUACUAGAACAUUCAUACUUCGAUGGCUUUGAUACCAAGUUAAUAAACUUUCAAUAAAU